AUGUCCGAUAUCCAGACUGAUGCUUUCUCGCCUAUCCGUACUUCAAUUAUUGGGCAGCUCAUGGAAGCAGAUUACAAUGCGGCGAAUAUGGAAUACGGUAGAGGCAGUGACCGCCGUCGGAAAACAAUAAUAUCGUCUGGCUUCCGGUCGCGGAGCUUAUUCGUGGAUCAUCGUCGGCGCCUCAGGAGCCAGUUCAUAUCCAUCUCUGAGGAGCUGCAACAGGAAACAACGGAUGCAGUGGCACAGCAGCUCAGAUUUAUCGAAACUGAUCUAAAUACUCUGAGAAAUGAAAAUGUCGUCCUGGAGAGUGAGAGAAACCCGGAAUUCCGGACACGCCUUGAACUGGAAGUUACUCAGGCUAGAGAGGAGAUGGGAACAGUCAGGGCAGCUAUCAAUGAUCUUUUCAAUUCCACUUUGGAAGAUACAGUGAUGGAUGAAUAA